CUCGUACAAGUACGACAACCAAACCCCUCCAUCAAGUCCCCCAUCGGCAUUUGAACAAUCACCGUCCUUGGUCCCCCAUUUUGGACCACUUGGAUCGGAGAAGACUCCGCCAGUUCCCUCAAGUCGGAGACUCUCUUUUCCCGCAACAACCGCGGGGGUGAUUCCAGGGUUCAAUGUUAUCCCGAUGAACAGCGGCCACACAAGGGAAUCAUCGGGCAAAGAAAGUUACACCGUGGGGCCUUGAAGAGAUGUCGACGGUUGGUACUGUUUCGCAGCUUCACUUUACUCUUUGGUAGGUGAUUUGAUUUCCAUCUUCUCUAGCUAUUUCGUUUCCCUACGCACACAUUUCAACCCAAACCACAACAAUACUCGUACUUUCUCCGACUCAGAAAACAAAAAUGGCCAAGGCAACUCACAUCAUCCGCUUCAUCGCCAACGAGGACAACAGAGUCCAUCUCGGCCAACUCAAAGACACCAGCCGAGAUGUCGGUCUCGACACCUUUGAGGGCAAGAAGGUCGAGGCAUACCUGAUCAAUGGUUCCAUCUUCACUCCCGAGGUUACCUCGAUCGUCUACACCGUCAAGCAAUUGCUGUCACCGGUGUCGAUGGAAGACUGCAACUAUAUCCGAUGCUUGGGUUUGAACUACAAGGACCACGCGAAUGAAGCGAACAUGGCCCUCCCAAAAGCCCCCAUCCUCUUCACGAAACCGCGUACCGCUCUCGCCGACCCGUACCCGGCUGCUAUCCCCGUCCCCAAGGCCGCGCAGGAUGGAACUUCGGAUUACGAGGCGGAACUUUGCGUCGUGAUCGGCAAGACCGGUCGUGACAUUCCUGAAGACAAGGCUCUCGACUACGUUCUCGGGUACACCUGCAGCAACGACGUUUCGGCCCGGACGAUGCAGAUGUUGACCACACAAUGGUCCUUCUCCAAAGGUCUGGAUGGAAGUUGUCCCCUCGGACCGGUUUUGGUCACCAAGGAUGUCAUCCCCGACCCUCAGACUUUGGACAUCAAGGCCAUCUACAACGGAAAGACCGUCCAGGACGGUAACACCAAGAACAUGAUCUUUGACAUCAAGAAACAAAUCAGCUACUUGUCCCAAGGUACCACCUUGGAGGCCGGCACCAUCUUCCUGACCGGUACCCCCGCCGGCAUCGGUUACUUCCGUCAACCCAGGGUCGUCCUGGAGGACAAGGGUGACAUCAGGGUCGAGAUUGAAAAGAUUGGUACCUUGAUCAACAAGGUUCACUAUGAACAGAUGUGAAAGGACACUCAGAAGGAAGUCUCGGUAGUUUUGAAAAAAAAAAACCCCAUCUAGAUCAAGAGGUUGUGCUCUCUGCUUUGUGUGAUGGACUUUUUCGCUCUGGUGUAAAUACCCAACUAGAAGGCCAUUUUUCUCAAAAUGAAUCAAUCUAUCCGAUCCAGAAAUUGCAACGGGAUUGCCGUCCGACUCGGUGUACAGAACCAAAGUACAAGCGUAUGCAGUGGUCUCGGUGUUUUGUGUGAACGUGAGCGUUGGUCUAGG